AUGCCUGAGGACCUCGUUGGACUACGCAAAAUCUGUUCAGGCGAUGAAAUAAGCCUUGAAAACACCCGAUCCAGAAAAUCUCCCCUUGCCAGAUAUGCGGUUGCUCGACAUACAAUGGGCUUUUCCCAGCGUCUCAGGGCAUUGAGUAUAGCUGCUGAGCGGUGUGAUGAUAAUCUUGAUGAUGGCGAUGAUGAAAAUUCGUCCUUGAUGGCUGGUGGACUUCAAGCUCCGAGUCGGUGCUACAUGGCCACGACUGCGAUAGCAUUCAAUCCCAUAUUCUGGAACAUCAUCGCCCGCCAAGAAUACCACAACCGCAUCCUAACCCGCACCUUCGGCAGUCCCCACAGAGGCUGCUACGUCCUCGCCUUCGUCAUCUUCUCCCUCGGCAUCGUCCGCGACCACCUCUACAACAACGCCCUGGCCGACCAGCCCUUCUACCAGCCCGUGUACCAACCCUAUCUCGCCUAUGGCCUCUUCGCGGCGGGAACCACCCUCGUGGUAUCCAGCAUGUGGGCGCUAGGCCUCACGGGGACGUAUCUGGGCGAUUACUUUGGGAUCCUAAUGGAUGCGCCUGUGACCGGGUUCCCGUUCAAUGUGACCGGGUCGCCGAUGUAUUGGGGGAGCACGAUGGGCUUUUUGGCGGUGGCGUUGUAUCAGGGAAAGGUGGCGGGGCUGUUGCUGACGCUGGAGGUGUUUGUGUCGUAUUGGCUUGCGUUGAAGUGGGAGGAGUGA